AUGCAUUACAAAGAUGUAGCAGAACUGUACCUAUUACUACAUCAAGAUUCCACCGUCAGACGGGCCCCGAUUAAAGAGCUACGGAAAUAUGGUGCCACGGAGUUUUUGGGACUAAAAGGAAUUGAUCCAUCCGCUGCUGAAGAUUGGAUGCAGUCAAUAAAAAGAGUUUUGCAACAAUUAGAUUGCACCCCCCGAGAGAGUCUGAUAUGUGCUGUAUCACUGUUGCAAGGAGAAGCGUAUCUCUGGUGGGAAUCUGUGGUUAGGCAUUUGCCAGAUGAUCGGGUAACUUGGGACUUGUUUCAAAAAGAAUUUCAGAAGAAGUAUAUUGGAGAAAUAUACAUUGAAGAGAAAAAGCAAGAAUUUUUAAUGUUGAAACAGGGUAAUAUGAUUGUACUGGACUAUGAGCGAGAGUUCUCUAGACUGAGCAGGUAUGCUUCAGAAUAUGUUCCAACCGAGACCGAUAGCUGUAAACGAUUUUUACGAGGACUGCGAGAAGAAAUCAAGAUUCAUUUAGUAAGUCUCAGAAUUAUUGAACUUGUUGAUCUAGUUGAGCGAGCGAAAAUGAUAGAACAAGUACUGGGCUUGGAUAAGAAGUCAGAGAUGGGUAAAUCGGCUGGGAAACGUACGGGAACUACUAGUUCUAAUCCAUUACCGAAGAGAUUCAGAGAAUCAAGAGGUGGAUGGAGAUCAAGCUUCCUGUCUGAUAGGGAUGACAGAAAUAGAGGAAAACAGAUUACUAGUUCCACCGGUAGUGUAAAAGCUCCGUCCCGGGAAAGUGAAAACCCUGAAUGUGAUUAUUGUGGGAAAAGACAUUUUGGUGAAUGCUGGAAGAAAAUCGGAGGAUGUUUCCGCUGUGGCUCUACUGAACACUUUGUUAAAGAUUGUCCGAAAAUUCAGAGUAGUACACCUGCUACAUCUCAGAGAUCAAUAUCGACUGCUAGAGGUAGAGGAAUGUUCAGAGGAGGUUCUGUUUUGAGGAGAGGAGGAGUUGAUUUAGCAUAUGUUAUUAAUUCUGAUUCGGUUGGUAGUCAGUGCAGUAAGAUCAGAACCGUAUGUGAGUUUCUAGAUGUAUUCCCUGAAGAAUUACCGGGUUUACCACCUGACAGAGAGGUUGAAUUUCCUAUAGAAGUGUAUCCGGGUACAGCACCAAUUUCUAUACCUCCGUACCGAAUGUCGCCCACUGAAUUAAAAGAGUUGAAGGUACAGUUACAAGACUUGCUAGAUCGUGGAUUUAUUAGACCGAGCAUUUCACCUUGGGGAGCUCCGGUAUUGUUUGUUAAAAAGAAAGAUGGGUCAAUGCGGCUAUGUAUUGAUUAUCGACAGUUGAACAAGUUGAAAGUAAAAGAAAGUGAUGUUCCGAAGACUGCAUUUCGUACUCGAUAUGUCGAGUCGAGCAUGAUCAAGAUCUCAGACCGUGUUACUGAUUCUGCGAGAAAAAGGUUGUACGGAAAAGCGAGUAAAUGUGAAUUCGUUAUCGAGGUAGUAUUCUUGGGACAUGUUGUAUCUGCGAUGGAAUUCGAGUUGAUCCAAAGAAUAUUGAAGCAAUUGUUCAAUGGAAGGCACCAAAGAAUGUAUCCGAGGUACGCAGAUUUUCUUGGUUUAUUUGGAUAUUACAGAGAUUUGUAA